GCCAGAGGUACCCUCUCGAGAUCUCAACGGGGAUAUAGGUAAUUGAUCACGCUGAAUCCGAAUAUGCUAUUUUUAUUCACCGAACACCUACCCUUCAAAACCCCUCCGGGGUGAUAUGUAAUCACAUGUUUUGCUAGUAAAUAAUCUAUGAGCAACUUUUUGCAAUAUGCUGUAUUAAAAUGAAAAUAGCUCUUUCUUUUAGUUGAUAACAAUGCUCAUACUCAGCUACUGAUCGAACUAGUGUUCUUUAUAGAAACUCUUCAAAUAUUUUGACAAUAAGCUUCUGAUUAGAACAAAUGAAGAUAUGUCUACGAUUAGUAAACAUUAUAAUCAAAAUCUAGAUACUAUAUUUCAAUCAUUUCUCAUAAGUAAAAUGUAGCAACAUAUGUCGGUCGUUAAGUAUUCAACUGUACACUGGCCUCAUAUUGCGAUUUUUUAACCCUUUGGCUCCCGGCGACGUAAAUAUACGUCCUGGUAUUUGUUCACUGCUGAUGUAUACCCUAUGUAUUGGCUAGUACCUGCAGGACUAUUUUCUUUUGACUCAUUAUCAUUUUGGGAUAUUUCUGGGUGGGAAUAUUACUUCUUUUCGUCAUCUUCUAUAAUAUUGUGACCUGUAAGGUCCUAGAGACCACAAGUUAUCUCAUUUCUAAAUGUGUACAUAUAUUUUCUCUCGUUUCGUCAUAUGGAUCCCUCUUCUUUUCUCUACCUUCGUAUAUGACCUCCUGUUUUUUUUGCUUUUUCCACAAACAUAACCAUCCAAGUGGUGUCUAAGAAAAAACGUGGUUUGCACAUCCCAUGAUGUUCGAUGCGAUACACAAUAUAUACAUAUUGACUACAAUAUCUCUCUGUGUUUUAUUGAUUGCUUUAAACAUUAUCAUACAAUAAUGAACUAAUAAUGCUUCUUUGACAUAGAAAUGUGAUUUCUUUCAAAAAUAACUAAAAGCUGUAUUUGAAAAUUUCUAAAAAUAUGAAUUUUUUUCAAAAAAAAAAGCCGGAAGCAAAAGGGUUAAAAAUAUAGGAAUCCUUGAGGAUCAAUUUUGUCUAAAAUAUAGGAUUUUCGAGAAAAAACGAGAAAAAUAUAGGAUUACUUUUACAUCGUUUCUGUUCAAUUGUUUUGUGGUUUUUAGCUUCUACGUUCGAGUGACGUCAAUAUUCCACUAUAUCCAGUGGCGUAAUCAAAGGGAAGACAAAUGGGCAAUUGCUCAUUCAAUUUCAAUGUUUGUCAAUUAUAAUUUUUAUUAAUUAGUUUCUGCCGAUGGAAAUUUUUUGUUUUCAAAACUGUUUAUUUACUUUAGAAUUGUAUUAACUACAUUUCUGUUUCCACUGGAAUCGUAUAUGCAUCCUUAACUUGUUUUUUUCGUUGAAGAACCAGAAAAAAAAGAAAAAAGCUUUUGCAUUAAAACAAUGAGUUCGGGUGAAUGCGAAUUUAAUCCCCGUAUGAGAAAACCAACUACGUGAAGUUAAAGAAAGAUAGAUAAAAAACGUGGUAAAUCAGGACAGACAGUAAGAAAACAAAAACAUAUAUAGGAAUGUAUAUAUUUAGAAUGAAAAGUUAUUGGUUGUCUAUAUUGAAAGGAAAUAGGGUAAAGACAUUUUCUGCUAAAUACGAUCAGAAAGAUCUCUAAAUGAAUUCAGAUGAAAAAUUGAGAAUAUAUACAAGAACAUAUGUAUGUUGUCCUUACUUAGAUGCUUGAAUUUGAGAAAGUAUUAUGAAUAUUGAUAUAGUUAGUGUUAAACUAUUUCUUAGUCAGUCCAUGACAUGGAUGAAAAUAAAGUUCCUCUGCGUAAAAUCGAUCAUACUAUAAUGCAAAAGCUCGUUCAAAACAUAUAACUACACGCACCAAUAUUUUUUCAUACAAUCACAGUAGCAAAAUUUAUAAAUUUUCGAAAGACUUCUACUUUUUUCGGUAAAAUAUAGGAAAAAUAGGUAUUUUAUGAAGUAGAGGACAGAAACAGGACUAUUUUUGAAAAUAUAGGAAAUAUAGGUCGAAUAUGAGCCCAGUUUUUCUAAUUCACUAGAAAUCAUCAAUAGGAUAUUAGAUUUAAACUUUCUUGAGAAGUUAUUUAUUUAUUUUUUGAUACAAUAUAACACGCAUACAAACAAUCAAUUAAAAGAAACACGCGCCGAAUUGAGUAGCGACGAAUUGAAAUAGUCAUACAAGAAAAGACAAUUACUCAAUCGAUCCAUCGCUUCUGAUGUUUUGAUCAGAAAUUUAGCCUAAGAAUAGGUUUUGACGAGAGUAGUUUACGAUGCAAAGAUAUUUUUCAAUAAUGCUCAUAUAUACCGACAAAUUUAAUUUUUCCUUAAUAGGAUAAAAAGUGAAUUAUUGCCACGUACUUACACUUUCUAGGAAAAUAAAGAUACAAGAAGGAUUCCAAUCUAAACUUUAUGAAUUUCGAUUACCUUUAUAUUUUAUUUUUCUUUAGUUUACUAUUGUACACAGCUACCGUUAAAUCACGUGCUCAUCAGAUUUUACGUAUUGGUAUGAAUGGUACAAAUUUAAAAUUAUUGUUUACAUUAAAAACAACAAAUGAUGUUGAUAAUGUUAAUUAUUUUCGGCCAUUAUUAGCAUUAGAUCGAGUAGCACAUCAUUUGUGUUUUUUUAAUGGUCUUAAUAAAAUAUUUACACUGAAUAUGCAUGGCGAUAUUUUACAUAUUCAAUAUCAAGCAAUAUAUCGUUUUCAUUCAUUUAAAAUAUAUUCUGAUAAAAUGUACAAAACUUUCUUAAAUAUUGAGAGUACAAAUCGCAGUGAAUUUUGUAUAAAUCCAAAACAUGCCAUUGAUACAAUAUUACUCGGCCCUGGUUUUAUUUUUGAUCUUAAUCGAGUGGUACAGACUUUUCAUAAUAAGUCAUCUCAAUUUGGACAAGGUACAUGGUCAUUAAAUUAG